AAAAUUCCCCACCCAAAUUUUUCAAAAGAGAGAGAAAAAGCAAAGCCUACUCUAAAAGCCCAAGGCCUUAAAACUCUUUCUUUUAAAAUUCACUUUCUUUCUUCUUCAUCAAAUUCUUUAACUACCGAGUACAAUUUUUGAAUUUCCAGUAAAAAUUAAUUACCUCAGAUACUUUUGGGAGAAUUUUUUUUUUAUUGGGCGUUAAUUGUUGUUAAUUAUUAUGAACAGGAAUCUCUAUGUGGGCAUUAAAAGUGGAAGGGAAAAUGCUUACAUGCAUAGCGCGUGCAAAGCAAUCAAGCGAUGAUUCUAUUGAUCAGUCUAGUAAACAAUCCAUCAAAACCCUCACUUCUCAGAUCAAGGACAUAGCGUUGAAGGCGUCUGGUGCAUACAGCCACUGUACGCCAUGCACAACCCAGCCGACUCAAUUGCCGAAGAACGGGAACUCCGGCGAUUCUGAAUCGGUGGCAUCGGAGAGGUUCCGGAGGUCGUACAAGCGGACAGGGAGCUCGAACUCGUCGGGGAGAAGGGAGUUGCAGAUAAGGCUGAAGGGAAUAUCAAGCGGCGAGGGGACACCGGCGUCAGCGAGUGGCCGGCGAGUCGAUCCAGUCUUGUUCGUGGAAGAAAGCGAGCCGAAGGAGUGGGUGGCUCAGGUCGAACCCGGUGUUCUAAUUACCUUUUUGUCCCUGCCACGUGGUGGAAAUGAUCUCAGGCAAAUUCGGUUCAGGUACUAUUUCGUAAUUUAAACCAUUUUCUUCAACGUAGAUGGCAGCAUUAAUGACAUUAACACCCUGUUUGACCCCCAUUACCUGAAAAUGGUAAUGGGGGGAAUAG